AUGGCAUCCAGUUUCUCUACACAAUUAUUACUUAAAGGUAUACAACCAAUAGAAACAUUUACAGGUGCAGAUGAUCAAGAUUCAACGGCAUGGCAACAAGGCAUUGAUGAAUUAUUCGAUGCUACCAAAAUUGACAAAAAUGGUCGACGACGAUUAUUGCCAAUGUAUUUUGGCGAAGAUGUUAAAAAAUGGUACCGUAGUGAAAACCAUAGUAGUGAUUACGAAAUAUUCAAGAAACACUUUGUCACUACCUUUACAUCAUCUGGAUAUAAAUUAAAAAUUUAUUCCAAAAUUAUCAAUCGUCGUCAACGUCCUGAUGAAGCUGUACAAUCUUACCAUUAUGAUAUUAUAUCAUUAUGCUCAAAACUCAACUAUGGACAUGUUAGAAAACGAGAAGAUUUUACACUCGCUACGUGGAUUAAAGCCAUCAAUAUUACAACCAGUUAUAAUGGCUGA